AAUCGUUUCUCGCGCGCGACAGACGUUUACUCCGAUAGCUCGUAGUGCCCUACUGCUUAUAGUACUUUUGCUGUUGUGAAAGAACUUUGCUUUCAACGCAAAAUGACACACAGGAGGAACACUCUUGUCGUGGACCUUAGUGCCUUACCAAAGCGUCCCAGUUUAGAUGUGGUGAAAGAAUUAUUGGAGAAGAAGCUUAAACUCAACAUGGAUGAAGUGAAGAACAUUCAGCUUCACAAUAUCAAAAAUUGUGUGUUUAUUGAGGUGAACAAUGAAGGUGUAGCACUUCGGUUGCAGAAGCAACAUCACCUUCGUCACUCUUUCGUCUAUCUCGACGUGGACUACUACAUCCCCGUGUACGUCGAUGGACCCACCGCUACAGUGAGAUUACAUGAUCUACCGCCUCAAAUGUCCAACACUACAAUCACUCAACACAUGGAACAGUACGGAAAGAUAAUAUCAAUACACAAUGAGGUAUGGAAGAACUUUUUCCCGGGAAUCCCGAACGGUGUCCGAGUGAUACGACUUAGGCAAGAGAAGCAAAUUCCGUCUCACAUCAUAGUUGAAAACGAGCCCACGCUCGUUACUAUCCGAGACCAAAACAAACUAGCUAAAACUCACCCAAAAGCGACCAGUGCAGCAGUAGCGUCAAACGAAAGAAAUUCGAACGAGGAUGGAAAAGCACCAGUUGAUCAACAAAACAUCGACGAAAAGCAGAGCAAAACUAAUAACCCACCACCGACACGAGACGACUUAUGUGAGGACGAUGAAAACAACAACGACGACGAUGAUAGCGACAAUGAUAGCGAAACCGAAUAUAACAGCAAGCUUCAAUCUGGAGCUGCAACGGCAAAGAGAAGGUUGUCAACUGGAACGAACGAAACGAAUGCUACCGAACAAGAAAGUAAAAAAGCGUGUGGAGAUCGAUGUUGCCAAGAUGAGCAGGAAUGUAGCGAAGAAAACUCUUCAGAUGCAGGGUGGAAAAUCUAUAAUACUAGGUCUAAGAAAAAAUUAUUUGAAUUGUAAUGUUAUGAAAUGUAAGACAAAUAUGGAAAGAUAUGUUUUCAUUCGACAUGAAUGCACUUAGCGGUGUAAAAUGUCCAAAAUAAAAAAAAAAAAAA